AUGUCUAUUUCCACCAGCGCUCCAUUUCCUCCAUCUUGUGCUCUGAAUAGAGACCCUAUUAGCUGCCCUUCGAGCGCGACUAAUCAACCUUCACAAAUACAGAGCGAGCUAGAGACUAUACACCAUCUACCGGGAAAUCCCGCUGUCAGCCUUCGAACUGAUGAGGUCCAUGGUCACCUCUUACAUGAACUAGCAACUCCACUCCUAGAUGAGCUUUAUGCUCAUCUGUGGCUGGUUGCAAAGAAAUCUGGUCUUCAUAUCGAUGCGCUACAUAGGCAAAGAGUCAAGAGACGCCCUAUCAUCCCGACUGAAGACCCGAAGUUCCAUCUCGUUUGGAGCAGAGACAAAAUCUAUAUCAAGCCCGUGCCUCUGUUUUUGCUGAAUCAUGAUUUUUGGGUGCGGUAUUUACAGCCUCCAAGGCGACUUCUAUCGUCGGAACAUUUUCCGUUUACUCUCCAGACGGCUUCUUGGGCGCUCGAUCGCUCGAUAGCAAUGGGAUUUAUGCGCUCAUAUGCAUUACUUGUGAGGUACCCCCUUGACCUUGCAAUCGCGAAAGAGUCUUUUCUUAUCCCGCGUGAGGUUGAUUAG